AUGGAUUCAGACUCUCUUCUUCCUCUCUCUGAAUCUCUUGAGCUCCCAGUCAUAGAUUUCUCCGAUCAGAACUUAACACCAGGAACCUCAAAGUGGGAUGAAGUGAAGGCUGAUGUCCGUAAAGCGUUAGAAGACUACGGCUGCUUCCAAGCUUUCGUUGGCAAAGUGUCAAACAUAGAGCUUACCAAGUCUGUUUUUGAAGCCAUGGAAGAGCUAUUCGAUUUGCCGGUUCAGACCAAACAGAGAAACGUGUCGUCGAAACCCUUUCAUGGGUAUCUAAGUCACAAUCUUUACCAGAGUUUAGGGAUUGAAGAAGCUAAUGAUGCUGAGAAAGUUAACUAUUUUACACAACAGCUAUGGCCUGAUCAUGGAAACAAGAGUAUUAGUGAGACGAUGCACAAAUUCGCAGAGCGAUUAGUGGAACUGGAUCUGAUGGCGAGAAGAAUGACAAUGGAGAGUUUUGGGAUAGAGAAGUACCUGGACGAACAUCUGAACUCUACAUAUUAUGUUCUUCGAAUGAUGAAGUAUACAGCACCUCCUGAUGACGAUGUAGAAGAGACAAAGCUAGGUUUACUUUCUCAUACCGACAAGAGCAUUACAACAAUACUUCAUCAAUAUGAAGUUGAUGGUUUGGAAAUUAAGACCAAAGACAACAAAUGGAUCAAAGUGAAACCAUCUCAACAUUGUUUCAUCAUUAUGGUUGGAGAUUUUCUCUGUGCACUUUUGAAUGGUAGAUUGUAUUCUCCAAAUCACCGAGUCUUGAUGACGGCAAAGAAGACAAGGUAUUCGACUGCAAUGUUCUUUGUUCCAAAACAAGGAGUUGUCAUAGAUGCACCUGAAGAACUUGUCGACCAAGAACAUCCCCGUAUGUUCAAACCCUUUGAGUAUAAUGAAUUCAUUAACUUCUUUCACUCGGAAGCUGGUCGUAAAGCUGAAUCUGCUCUCCAUGCUUUCUGUGCUCUCUGAAACAUUUGAACUUUUAUUCACAACAAUGAUUGUAAUGAUUUUACAUUUCAUGGUUUAGGUUUUGCUCCUAUAUUUCUUUUCAUGUUUCUUUUGAUUUGAUAUGUUAUCACAUGGGUACAUAAACUCUACUAGAUGGUCUUAUUCAAGGACAAUCAUAUAUAUGUAAGCAAAAGUGACGAUAUUCUGGAGA